AUGACCCUCCCCCUCCGCCUAGAUGCGCGGGCACACGCGCACGCUCCCGGCCGCCCAUCCCCUCUCCGAGAGAGAUUCGACGCAACCGACAUCCAGGAAGAACUCCGCAUCACACUCAAGUUCAAGGUUCCCCUGCCUCCCCCGCCACCACUGCCAGAAGACACGCCCUCGCCACCUUCCUCUCCGGUCAUCGCCUUUCCAUCCUCGUCACCUGACGAUGGGCGCAAGUCGCCAAAGCCCACGAGCAUGAGACUCUCCCCACCUGCACAGGUGUUCACGUACAUGCCAUACCAACCUGAAGACAAACCACUCCUCGCGACUGAGAACGAAAUUGUCGAAACUCGCGCCUCUGAGCGAGGUGGCACCAACGCACACCUCACCGCGCGGCUACGGACGCUUGAAGCCCGCCGUGCCGAGCUGCAGCGAUCGAUUUCCGAGACGGAGACGUUGCGGACGGGAUACAUUGUCGACAUUAUGGCGGAGAAACAGAACGGCAAGGGCGGGGAAGAGGCGGAGGAGUUGAGGCGCUUGUGCGACUGGUUGGACGAUGACCUCGCGUACGAUCGGCACGCGUUGACUGAGCUUGAGGACCGGAUUCGGCAGUGGGAGCGAUAUGUAGACCAGGUUGCGCAGGGUGACGUUUGCUCGCGCCCGCGUUCACUUUGCAAGAAGCGUCCGCGUGAGGAGGACGAAGAGGGCAAGGUGUCGAGCAAAGUGUCUCGGCCCAAGGUGAACUCUGGUUGCGGACGACGAGACAUGGACAACCUCGACUGA